GCCAGGGUCUUCCUGGCCCUACCCAAGGUCUUCCUGGUCCUGCUAGUUCAGAUGUCUUAGCCUUUCUGUCCCACUCCCUGCUCCUCUGCCCUCCCCAGUUCUUGGGAGCGGCCCUGCUUCCCAGCCAGUUUCCUGCCCCCUCCAUCUCCUUUUCCUGCCCCACCUCCUGUGUGUGAAUGACCAAAGGCACGAGAGAAAUCCAUGCGCAGUCAUCGCUGGACUCAGCCACAGCACACACAGGAGCAGAGAGCAGCCACCACGGGGCCCUGAAGCGGAAGAUGGAGCCUGGCCUGUGGAAUGCGUAAGAGAGUGGCUUGAGUGUGGAGAUCACAGCACCUGGGACCCCUUCUGGAGCAGCUCACCAGGACUUCUUGCUGUCCCUGCAUCUUUCUCUGGAAAGGAACUGGAAGCCAAUGAUGUGGAAGGAAUAGAAACUGAAGGCACUUCAGUUCUCUUGGAGAAGUCUCCCAUUAGGCUGGGUGAGGCACCCUGCCUCAAGUGAUAGAUUUGGCGAAGCUCUAGGUCUCUGUGAUCAUGUUCUCAGAUGAACGGAAGGACGGGAGCCCUCGCUUUGGGAAACUUCAUUUCCCCGUUGGCCUUUGGAUUAACUCCCCAAAGAAACACUUUGCCAAGCUCAGUCGCAGGUGGCCCAGCGUGGGGUCUGUCAAGUCUACAUCCUCAGAUACAGCCAGCCGUGGCAGUGAACCUGUAGAAAUGCGCCCGGCCACCAAGAAUAAGGCCAGUCGACACAAGAGACUCUCAACACUCUUCCAGCGAGGCGGGUUUGGAGGGCCAACCAGUGGUGUCGGAGGCCGCUGCACCAGUGAGAAGAAACUGGCUGAUCUCAUUGAUCCCCUGCCUGAAGAUCGAGUACAGCCCCCCUCACAGGGGGAAGUACCGGGGGUUCUGAAAAUCUAUGGUGGGGACAUCUCCACAGGCGCCAAUUACAAGAGUGUACUGGCGACUGUGCGUUCCACUGCCCGGCAGCUGGUGCAUGAGGCACUAGAGCGCUAUGGAGUGGCACAACCCAAUGCAGAGGAUGCCUACGUGUUGUGCGAUGUGGUGGGCAGUGUCCAUGCCACCGAUGGCUCCUGGCAGGCACAGUAUCUUCGGGCAGUGGGCAAUUCUGAACGGCCGCUUGUGCUGCAAGAUGUGUGGAAGCCCAAGACCGGCUGCACCCGCCGUUUUGAGAUCCGGCGACGUUGUGAUGUGGAGAAGAUGGCAGAAGCCGAUGAUGACGAUGGGGCUGGUAUCAACUCCCAGUCCCAUCAAAAGCACCCUCGCCGCUUCCGGGCUGCCUCCGGAGGCCAUGUGGCCCCCAAGGAGAGGGCAGACAACCUUUCACUCCGCCGCAGCAUCAGUGAGAUGAAUCUCAGCACAAAACGCCGCCGAGAGCGCAAAGGUGUGCUCAGCAUGGCAGCCGGUGAACCAGUGGAAGGGGGUCCAGCUGAGGAGUCACGGCUUAAGGCUGCAGCUGGCGCCGAGGGCACGUUGGCUCCCUCCGCCUCUGAGGAGGAGGCUGUGGAUGUGGCCAGCUUAGAGCAGCUCUCCCAGUGCCUCAUACAGCCGCCGACAGAGCACCCCUAUUUUCUCCAGUUGUUGGGCUACAAUGAAAAGCAGGAGUUUGUGAUCCAUGUAAUGACCCGCCGGCGGCAUAUUUUCGGACGCCCUGAGCGCCGCCCAGCUCCAGACCAGUCCAGCUAUGUGGACACGUUCCUGAGCGCCCCAGACAUCCUGCCCCGCCAUUGCUGCGUAGUGUCUUCUGUGCCCCCCGCAGAUCCCAGCCAGCCCCGGGGCUCAGCUAUGGUGCGGCCCUUCCGGGGGGCAUCGAUAACCCACAAUGGCGCCCCGCUCCAUCGCCAAGUGGAGCUGGCCCCUGGAGAUUUGCUGGGGAUGGGGCAGUCUUUCCUCUUCAUGUACAAGGACCCACGGGCCACAGCUGCCCCACCAGCCUGGCUGCCCAAGGCAUGGGUGUCCCCAGGAUUGGUGGGGGCACUGGCUUGCCAGGCCUGUGGCCGAUCCCUGCAGGAGCGGCAGGAGGCCUUCCGGGCUUACCUCAAGAGCCGAGAGCCUCAGCUGCGCUACCGGCCCCAAGAGCAGGAGGCGCUCUUGGCUGAAAUUGUGAGGCUACAGGAGGCACCAGGCUGCAAGCUGGGCCCUGCCUUCCUUUUUGGGCUCUGUCUGGAGCAUGCUGCCCGGGAACUGGAGCCAGGACACCUCCCCAGAUUGAUAGCCAGGAUUGUUCAGCUGGUCAAGGAGGCUGUUUGGGAGAAGAUAAAAGAGAUUGGAGAUCGGCAGCCGGAAAACCAGCAGGACAAAGGAGAGUCAGGAAAUCUCAGCGUUGAGGAAGUGGCUGCUGACUUGCGCCCUCUCAUGCUCUGGAUGGCCAAUUCGAUGGAGCUGCUCAACCUGGUGCAAAAGAGAGUCCUGGACAUUGAGAAGGACCUGGACUUGGAGGGUGUUUCUCACAGUGCUUUGCUCUCCAGUGAUCUGGAGACAUGUGAUGAGGCGAUGGCUGUCUUGGAUGAAGUCAUCAUGUCCACAUUCCAGCAGUCCGUGUACUACCUCACCAAGACUCUCUACUCAGCCCUUCCUAGCCUCCUGGACAGUAAUCCCUUCAUGGCCACGGCUGGUCUGUCCCAUGUACCAGAGCUCAGCAGCAUGCCCGAAGGAAUCCGUGGGACUCUUGCAAUCUACCAGGCCACACUUGAGCUGACUCGGGACUGUGGCUUGCAUCCUGACCUCGUCUCGCAGACCUUCGGAUACCUCUUCUUUUUCUCCAAUGCCUCACUCUUUAAUACCCUCAUGGAGAGAGGCAGUUCCCAGACCCUGUUCCAGUGGGCCAAGGCGGUGCAGAUCCGAACCAACCUGGACCUGGUGCUGGACUGGCUGCAGGGGGUGGGCCUCGGGGAUAUCGCCACCGAAUUCUUCCGCAAACUCAGCACCGCAGCCAACCUUCUGUGCGUGCCCAAAAGCAGCUUGCUUCAGGCAUCCUGGUCUCGCCUGAGAAAUGACCAUCCAGCACUGACGCCAGCCCAGCUCCAACAUGUGCUCAGGAACUACCAGAUGGGACCAGGGCGGAUGUCUCCUGAGUGCUGGAGCCCACCUGAAAAAGAGAAAGAUGAAAUUGUACACAGUGACAUUUUUGAGAGUUUCACGGACCACCCGCCCCUCAUCCUUCCAUGUGAUGGUUUCCGCUUACGUCUCUCAGAGCCUGUGUCGGACGACACCCUCCACCGCCAACUUGUACGGCUGCGCCAUUUUCUCUGGGAGCUGGAGCGUGAAUCCCUCCCAGCCAACCAAAGGGCAGUGUACGGGUUAGAUCCUAGUCAAUGAGGAGUGGGACACACACCAACAUUCAAGAUAGUUCUUGGUCCUCAGAAAGCUCUCGCUACAACAUUCCCAAGUGGAGGGGUGGAGAACGCAAAACGGAUUUUGGAAGAGGCAGAAGAACCUGAAACAGUUCUUGCUUACCUGAAUUUUGGAUUGUCCUGAAGGUCAGAAGUCACGGUGACAUCCAACGUCACAAAAAAGCCUGAUGUUGGCAGAUGCCCAAGGACCCUUCCGGAAACGGUUUGAGAAAUCACAACUUUUCCUCAGUCCAAUCUCUGCUGUUCUUUUUCGCCCCCAAACACACUGUUUGUGGCAAAUAAUGUAUUCCUUUCUUCAACACAAUAAAAUUAUUACUUAUGACCAAAAAAUUAUAA